ACAAAACAUGUAUAUAAGUGCAAUUAUUCACUCCAAUAUUUAUUCUUUGAAAAGCUGUCUAGUCUCGAUCGGUAACAAAGUUCUCUGAUACAACCAUCAUAAUAUUAUUCGCAAACGAGACGUGCAUUUUUAGUUGUCGUGUGACGGGCGUGCGAGUAAACCUACGAUUGUUUGUCAAAUUGAACUCGAUCUGAAGCGAUCCAUUGCAAUUUUACUUUUUUAAAGGCAAAAAUCCAGUAGAUCCCAAAGAAAAUGGGCCGAACAGUGUACGCCGAGGAACGACUUCUCAAUUAUUUGGAGACACUCGGAAAACCAGAUGCUUAUAGCGUCGGAUUAAUAUUUGGCCAGAGCUCAGAUCAGAAAGAUUAUGUUGUUCAUUUGGCUAGAAUACCAUUUGUCCCUGCAGCAGAUGCGGUCGAAGAUAGUUUUCAUUCCCAUCCAACAAAUCCAGAAGAUAAUUACAUAAAAUCCAUCAAGGAUUUGGAUGUAUUUUAUGUAGCAGAUCAUGCAAAAACUGUAACCAGAAUGUUACCAGGUGGUAUAUGGGUUUUAGGAAUGUUUGUCGUAGGUCCUGAAGACUGUUUAACUGAUAACAGUUUGUCUCAAAAACUCAAAUCAGCUGUCAUGGCCAUUCACAAAAGUUUGGAUUCAAAUGUCCAUUUGAGUGGCAACAGUCCCCACGAAAAAUUAAUUUUGAGCUUUAACACUCUUACAAAGAAAUAUACAUCAAAAUCAAUUGAUACAGCUACAGAUGGUUUCUUAAAACCCGCUGAUUGGAGGUUUGCAAAAAAACCAACCAAAUGGUAUCAUUUUGAAACCAUAGUAGAUUUAAACACACUGUGUCCAAUUCUUGAAGAAGAAAAUUUACUUUCAUUGAAAAAGCAAUUGCAGAUUGUAAUUAGAAAAUAUGCAGAAAUGAUUAAUAAAGCUGUCAUAGUGAUUGAGGGGGAGGCAGUGACAAAUUCAUCGGAUCCAUUAGAAUCAAUCAUGGAGGAUGAAAAAACCAAAAAAAAUAAACAAGAAGAAGAUGAAAACGAUAAACUUUUACAAGUUGGAGUUUACAUACCUUAUUGGCCUGUUGAAAAACAAGAGGAUAUAAAAUCUACAAUUUGUGAGGCAUCGAUUAAAGUAAUGGGUCAAUUGGUAAGUAGAGUUUCUCUUCACGAAAAGUCUACUUGUGAAGAAGCAGCUAAUGCUGUGAAACAGGAUAUUUUAAGAUCAAUAGCAAGUAGACUAGAACUACAUUGGGACACUAUAAUAGUUGAAGAAAAUGGAUUUCAAGAAGAAAAUGUUACAUUGCAUGAACCACCAAGAAGAAUUUUUUUACAGUUGCCACAAAAUAGAAUAAGUUUAUCAGAUUACUUGUAUCCAGGUGAAGUUGAUGAGUCAAUGAUAAUUGACCUGUUUAAAACACUUUUGGAUCUUGAAAUUUCAGAAAAUCAAUUGCAAAAAGAUUUAGAAAAGCAAAUUGAUCCAACAGAUUUGUACAAGCAAAACAAAGUGAGUAGUGAAAAUUGGAAUGCUGCAGAAACUGAAACAAAAGUUGAAAGUGAUAAAAGUUGGAACAUUAUUAUUUAUGUUUCUGCUUUGCUGACUGUGAUAUGUGCUAUUAUUCUCGGAAUUUUAUUAUAUUUUUUUCAAAAAAAGAACUAACCACUUUUUUAAUUACACAUGGACAUAUCAUGUAUGAAAUAAUUUUACAUAAUUGUUUACAAUACUUCACUUUUUGUAUCUGCAAUCUCAAAAAUAUAAUAAUAGUUUCUGGAAAAAAUUACCUUAAUGAUAUUUUUGAUGUAUAAUUUUAAGGAAAAAAUUUGCAGCACAUGAAGUGAAUGGUAAGAAAAAUUGUACAAAUUGUCAGAGAGAAGUGUUGAAACUGUUGAACAAAUCUUAUGUUACAUAUUUUUAUACUCCCGAAUUAUUUAUACAUUAUUAAAUAUUCUGAACAUCUGCUAUACUUGACACAUGUAAUGUGGCUUAUGAUUGAGUGUAAAUACUAUGGUGUGUGACAUUUGUUGUAAGCAUUUUUUAAUAAAAAUUGUAUGAUUAUCGAUA